AUGACUAUCGCAAAAACAGGAGCUUCUACAAUUCAAGCAAUUGUUAAUGCAGAAACAAUUAAAUCAAACAACUCAACACCAACAACUAAAUCAAUCAAAUUAUCCAUCAAACCAACAAUAUCAAUAUCAACCACAAUCGAAUCAAUCAAAUUAUCAAUCAAAUUAUCAAUCAAACCAACACAAUCAAAUCAAUCAAAUUAUCAAUCAAACCAACAAUAUCAAUAUCAACCACAAUCGAAUCAAUCAAAUUAUCAAUCAAACCACUAUCAGAUAAAUAAUAUUUGGUAUUCAAAUCAAUCAAAGAGAUGUAGCACAACAAGAACAAUACUCGAUCCCUCCAACAAAUCGGAGAAACAAAUUAUAACAAGUUACAGAGAGACCAUUCAUUUUCAUCCAAUAACAUAUACCUGUCGCAUGCUGGUGAAUGAUAUGUUGAUACAAUUAUCAUUCAUAUGGAUCAUUGUAUCAACCUAUCAUUCACCAGCAUUAUCGAUCGAUGACGGUACACCACAUGACGACGACGAUGAUCAGAAUCUCUCUAAUCGUUGUCUCUUUAGAUUCAGUUACAGAAAUAGGUUGGUGAAUAAGAUUCAAUUUCAUCAUCAAAAAGAGCUUAUUAUUAUGGAUGAUAUAUUGCCAGGUGGAGGUACUACACCAUUUGACAAACAGACAUGGUACGGAUUGGUAAGGCCUUUUAACCUCGACACUAAUUGUAUAUCAAUACUUUAA